AUGGCGCCGGCAGUAUCUCUCCGCCUUGUUAUUCGGGUUUCUCUUGACGGCUAUGCUUGUACCUGCAUCUCCCAUGCGCACUCGCUGUUCAGCAUGAAAGGCAUUGCUUUAAGAGGACAAAGGGCUUCAAGAUCCCAGGCUCUCGUCUGCCAAUUAUGCCAAGUAUCAACACCCGCAACUCCCCGAUCUCGAACACAACUCCCCCGAUCUUUUACACCAUUCAUUCCAAUCUCUCCCAGAAUUGAGCUCGGACAAUGGAGACCUAAGAAAGCCUUGCGGAGCAAUUGGGGCUCUAUCAGUAUCAGUGCUAGACGAUAUACUUCCAACCCCUCUCAGACAGCGGUUCUUAAUCCAGAAAAGACAUUGGAACAAAUAGAGCGUGACUCUGUCAAACUCCGCGCAUCGGAUUCAGUGCCGUCUGACGAGUCGGUUUUACGGCUACUUCGGAGUUGUCAGGACGUCGCAGAGAUUCUUGUGUCUUCAAACCCAGAGGGAUUAGAAUUAUCGUCCAAGCAAAAUGGAGAUAACGCAGUGUCGUCUCUAUUGGACCUAGAGGAAAAGAAAAGCAGCGGGAAGCAGUCUAAAGCCCCCAGGCUACAGCAGUCACAGUUAGCUGAUUCACUUUCACGGAUCACCUACGACCUGUUAACCGACAAGAAAGUAUUCAUUUCACCCGAAGUACUGGCCAGUUACACCAAAAUCCAAACUUUGCUCAAACAAGGCCAGAGUUUCCCCGAGAUCUUCUACCUUUACGCACACAAGCCGGUCCCGGAAGAGAACAGUUCGCCUAUUAGAUAUCAUAAGUCCAACCCCAAGAAUGUCAAUAGUGCAGUACCUACGGAACUGGCCCACCUGGCUCUGGAUAUUGCUAUCGAGCAGCGCAAUCUCUCUCUCGUUCUCGCCAUUAUCGAUAACACUUUCUGCGCCCCCGCAUUUCAUCGAGCAAAGCUCUUUAAAAAGGCAGUUGUUCCACUUGGGGGCUUGGCUGCCACACCAGCUGCCUGCUAUGCAAUUGCCUCCUGGGCCUCGACUUUGCAAAAUACAAUGGACCCGAGCAUGGCGACGGGUAUCGCGUUCGCAGCGAGUCUUGCGUACGUCGGAGGAGUGUCUUCAGUUGGUCUAUUGGCUAUCACGACUGCCAAUGAUCAAAUGCAGCGCGUGACGUGGCUGCCUGGAAUCCCGCUGCGGCAUCGCUGGCUGCGAGAAGAAGAACGCGCCGCGCUGGAUAAGGUCGCCGUUGCAUGGGGCUUUAAGAACGUCACAUUCUGGGGCGAAGAAGAGGGGGAAGAAUGGGAGAACCUGCGGGAGUUUAUCGGUAUGAGGGGCAUGAUUUUGGAUAAGACAGAUUUGAUGCCAGGAAUGCAAUGA